AUCAAAUGUAAAUAUAUAAUAUAAAAUUUUAUACAAACUACUUAAGAUAAGAAAUAUAGUGUGAUGUAGAAUGAUAUUAAAGAUGGAUACUGGAUAUUCAAAUGAUGAUUCUGAAACUUGGGAGGAUUUCUUUGGUAGUUCUGUAGAAAUAAAAGGAUCCAUAUUAAAAUUGUGCAACAUACCUACACCUGCAAGAAAACCAUUCAAGAAUCUUAAUGUUUUAUCACCAAAUGUUCAAAGAAUUUUGGCACACUCCGAUUGCAUAUCAGACCCACCAUCACCGACAGAAAAUCAAUCACAAUUUAUGAUAAAAAGUAAGUUACCUGUAAGAAAAGCUAAAAGUCAUCACAACUUUCCUUUGUCCGGUGUUGUAAGUAAAAUAUCACAAAGCAGUAAUGAUUUACAAAUACACACAGAAUCACAUACAGAUAAUUUAGAAGAUACAACUAGUGUUAAAAGUCAUUUAUUUACAUUACAUCAAAAUAUGGCUGACAAUGAUAUGGAAAGCAUUUCUGAGACAACAUCAGUAGCUGAUAUCAGUUUAACAUCGACAAUAUCAGAUUGUAGUAACAGUCAGAACAAUUCACCCAUUUGCAGACAAGAGUCAAAUCCAACAGGCUUACGCUUUGUUAGACCUUUAUCAACUUGUUCUACUGAUUCAAGCAGUAGUAGUACUAGUACAAACAAUAAUCGAGGCGGUUCACAAUAUUUGGCUUCUAUAGAAAGUUUAGCUGAUCACAGUGAUCAAGAUCGAAUGUAUGAAAAUCGAUCAACUCUUUCUGUUGGUGAAAGAGUUUGUUUAGAAGUUAUUAAUACAGAAGAAACUUAUGUAGGUGAUCUGAAGCAAGUUAUUGAGGGCUAUUUGAAUUCAUGGAAAGAACAGUCAUUAUUAGAUACUGAAAAGUUAGAUACUUUAUUUUGUAACAUACUUGAAAUAUAUAAAUUCAACAGUGACUUGUUAUUGAAAUUAAAAAUGACUGAAAACGAUCCUGUUAAAAUAGCAAAAUGUUUUAUAGAUAGCAAUGAUGGUUUUGAAGUAUAUACCAAAUACUGCACAAAUUAUCCGCAAGCCAUAGCGUUAUUAACAGAGUUACUCCAAUCUAUGGAUACUGCAAGUUUACUAAGAAAUACCCAAAGUUCUUUAGGUCACAAUUUGCCUUUGGGAUCUUUUUUGUUAAAACCUGUGCAAAGGAUUAUGAAAUAUCACUUACUUUUGCAGAAUUUGUACAAACAUUAUGAAAAUAAUCACAUAGAAAAGGCUUCUAAACUUAUGACUGAUGUUGCACAUCACAUUGAUGAAGUUAAAAGGCAUUUAGAACAACAAUCACGAGUUCAAGAGUUAGAAGGUAGUUUAGACGGCUGGCUGGGACCAAGUCUGACUGUUUUGGGCGAAUUAUGUCUUGAAGGCACUUUGCAAGAACGAAAUCACAAGAGUCGGCAAGUGUUUUUAUUUGAAAAGAUGUUACUUAUCACUAAACGUAAAGAGGAUGGUAGAUUAGCAUACAAAAGUCAUAUCAUGUGUUCUAAUCUGAUGUUAGUAGAAGUAAUUCAAGGUGAACCGACAAGUUUUCAUGUGAUACCAUACGAUAAUCCAAGGAACCAAAUCACUUUACAAGCACGUUCGGUACAACAAAAGAAACAAUGGGGCCUACAAUUAAAACGCUUGAUGUUGGAACAAUUUAAUGGGAAGAUUCCCACAAGGGCAAAAGACUUGGUAUUGGGUAUCGAUGCUGAAGAAAGCUUGGUUGCUUUGCCCGGUGUCAAACCCGAUUCGACUCCUGAUUAUUUACAAAGAAGACACGAAAGACGCCGUACCGAAAUGUCUAUGCGUCGUUUGAACAAAAACAGGAAAUUUAUUAUACCGACGAACCUGAGCAACGAUCAACCUGUAGCAUCACCUGAGGGUAAACCUGGUGAGAAAAGGUACAGUAGUUGGUAUUUGGAAGAAGACGGUAGCAAAGAUUCUUCUAACAUGGAUAAAAAGUGUUAUUCUAACGAAUACGUUAAUAUGGAUUAUGAGAGUAAAUUGAAACCUGAUACUGCACAGAAGCCGGAGGCUGCAAGGUGUAGAUCAGAACCAGGUAUACCUUCGGAAUUUUAUGAAACAACAAUUACGGAUUCUGUUCCUAGGAUUCCCAGGCCGCCUAUAAAGUCGUUUGAGAUCAAACAGUACAACACAAAGACUUUGCCCAAGAAAAUAACGAAAAUUAAACGUUCGCGGACUAAAAGUAUAAAAAGCAAUCAAGGUUCUAAGUUUUACACAGACCUUGAUGGGGGUACGUGUAAUGAUCUGCACAUCACAGAAUCGACCGAUGAAAGUCGGAAUUCUAAAAAUUUAGACGAAGGUAGUUAUAUAGUGUCUUCCAAUGUAUAUUCUAACAACGACGACGAGGACCACAUUUACGAAACCUUAAAAACAAAUUGCGAUGAGGAUGAAAGUGAGUAUGUGGUACUCGACGAAUUAAAAACGGAGAUCGAAAAAAGUAAAAAUGAUUUCAAACGGGUCACUACAGAAUUGCAGGAGUUGUAUUUAGAAAAACUGCAACAACCUACUGACGUCGAAGAACCACCUUCAGUUAGUGAAAGAAACUCAUUGGUUAAAAAUAAAGAAGUAGCAAAUAACUCCAAGAGUCUUUUACUACGCAUAGGCGAACGCUUCGCAAAUUUAGACUACGCCGAUCCAACAAUAUUAUUCCAAAAAUCAAAAACUACACAAAAUUGCGAUUCAUCUACUCAACUAUCUUCUCCUAGUCAUGUUGCACAAAGCUGUGCAAUAAACAAUGAUUUUUAUGAAAAAUCUGUAGAGUACUCGCUAGAAAGCGAUUUCUUUCGCGAUAGCGCGAUUUAUAGCGAUGAUAAUAAUCCUUAUAACAAAACUGAUGAUGUUGAUGCAAAAUCUGAUUCUUUGAAUAGUAAUGAUUCACCGGUGAAUAAUAGUGAAUCGCCUGUGAAUAAUAGUGAAUCGCCUGUGAAUAACGAUUGUGAUUCGCCGAGUAAAGUUACAACAGAAUUCUCAUGGUUUUUCUGUCAAAAUACAACACUUCAAAAUGUAUAUUACAGUUACGAAUGCUUAAUAAUCUAUGUCUGUGAUGGUAAUAUGUAG